UUGGAGGAAAUGGCAGGAUUCCUAGAUAAUUUCCGGUGGCCAGAAUGUGAGUGUAUUGACUGGAGCGAAAGAAGAAAUGCCAUCGCUUCCAUAGUUGCGGGUGUGUUGUUUUUCACAGGUUGGUGGAUAAUGAUAGAUGCAGCAGUAGUUUACCCAAAGCCAGAACAAAUGAACCACGCAUUCCAUACCUGUGGAGUGUUUUCAACACUGGCUUUUUUCAUGAUAAAUGCUGUAUCAAAUGCACAGGUGAGAGGAGACAGCUACAGUGACGGAUGUUUAGGAAGAACAGGUGCUCGUGUCUGGCUCUUCAUCGGCUUUAUGUUGAUGUUUGGUUCGCUUAUUGCCUCAAUGUGGAUUCUCUUUGGAGCAUAUGUUACACAGAACACUAAUGUUUACCCAGGAUUAGCUGUGUUUUUCCAAAAUGCGUUGAUAUUUUUCAGUACUCUGAUCUACAAGUUUGGAAGAACAGAAGAGCUAUGGGGAUGAGAACUCACGUAUAGCAUUGUCUGUUCCAUAGUUGCUAUGUUGUACUAUGUAUAUAGAUAUAUCUACGUUUCUUUGUUCUCAUUUUGCUUUCUAAAUUGUACGAACCGAGACGAUUCGCUCCGUCUUUUCACAGGGCAGAUUUGUGAAUAUGUACAUAUGACUGUAUAUAUCUUAAAAAGGGAAUGUCAGGCUUUCUGAAAUCUGCAGGCUUGCUUUUUCUUUUUGGCUCUUUCAAACACGUGGGUUUCCAUCAACUCUCAAGCCUUGAUCUUCCAAACCUUUUACAUGUGUCGGAGGUGUCUGUGGAACUCUUAGUGAAGCAGCAGGAUGAAGCCCUGGGCCGUGUAGGAGGGGUUGUCACUGUUCUGCACAGGUAAUUGCGAGGGCUGCCCGCCUACCCCAAAGGAGCAGCUGGCACAGGGAAGUGACCCAGCUAAGCCUGUACUUCAUGAGGGUCAACUCUGUUGUAUGCUGAGACAGUUUUAGGAAUUUUAUUGUACUGUUCAGAAAACUAUAAAGUAGCUGUAUUUCAUUCUUUUUCCUGAUAAGAGGUCAUCCAUUUUUACACAAGGCCCUAUAUUGAGCAGGUUCUGCCUGCCAAACCAAGCUGCUGUUGACUUCUGAUUGCUACAGCACAAGUGACAUUUGGUAGCACCACAGUCCCUAGCAUUAAUUUCAUGCUGUUCAAUGUAAUUGAUACUAAUUAGCAUUUACUGAUAGUACAACUGAAAACCCCAAACAAAUUGAGGCCAUUCACACUGAAGGAAUAUAAAUGAGGGUCAGACAAACGUUUUCAAAACUAUGCUAGCAUUAAUGUUCUUCAGGGGAAGCUUUUUGCUUUGGUAAGUGAACAGUUAUCCUGCUACCUAUUACCUUCUCUAUUUAAAAGGCAAGCAUUUCACCUGGGGAUAUAGUAGAUGUAUUUAUUGCUCACAACCCUGCUUUGAAGUAAUUGCCAUUUGCCCCAGUUAAGAUGUAUUUAUGUCCCAAACUUCACGGGGCCUUCAAUGGGAACACUUCCAUUACUGAAAUGCAGGUUUCUUCUAGCUGGAGUAUACAUAAAGGGAGAACAAGGAUGUUUUGUAGCUUUGGACUGAUCUUGUGUGAUUCAUCUUGCUGUUGGUGGCUUCCUGACGAGUUCUGUGUGGUUUUUAAAGCAUUUGAAUCUACAUUGUGGCUAAAAGCUUUUAUAACUUUCCCUGUAUCGAAAUUGCUGACCAAAUGGUUAUUAAACUGCAGAAUGUAACUUCUGUGCAUGGUUACUGUAUGCUGUUAGUCAUCUAAUUGCUCCCUUGUGGGAAUCUCUCCAGUGGACAGAAUAUGAAGCAAAUACUGCAGCUGAAACUGUGCUACUGGCUAGACUAACUUCAUCCUGAUUCCACCACCCUGCAGUGAGAGACAUUCACUGGUGUUAAUCACAGCUUUGUACAGAAGUUGUCUGUUGGGUUGUACUUUCAGAAAAACUGCAAUAAACUUUAUCUUCCGUUCUCAAAAUAAAGAGAAGAUGGUGAGGUAAUUGUGCACCAGGAUGCUCCUUCCUGAAUAGCUCAAGUCAUACUGACCCUUAAGCUUACACCAGCUGAGAAGUAAAGUCAAGGUUUUUGUUUUCAGUGCUGUUGGUUUCUUGCUUAAGAGUUUGGCCAUGGUUGUUGGUGGUGUUUUUUUUUAGUAAGUGAGAAACAAGUAUGGCCUCUAAGUGAUCUCAGUUACAGUAUCUCACCCCUGACACUUAACCAGCACAAGCAAAGUGUUUGACUCUGGAAGAACUCUGACAAUGUGCUUUAAUGCAAGUUGCUGGUUAGAACACCUAAGAGCAGGGCCUGAGCUGCUUUCUGAAGUUACCCACACUUUCUACUACAAUUUUGCUUUUUUCCAAGUGUUUCUUGAUGCCUCUCCCUUGUGGUUUUGGAGAACUGGACCAGUUGUGCUCUGUACAGCUGCGAAGAGGACGAGGCAGCUUUCACCGUCUCUCUUGCAGCAGCCUAAGCUGAAACCAGGUGUAGGGCAAGAACCAAUCAAGCUUCCUUCACAGCAUAUUCUAAGGUCCACUUUUAAACCAGGGGUAGUUCCAGCACACGCCAAGGUUGGCAGUUCUGAAGAUCAAGCCUUCUGUUAGGAGUAACUCAAGGGUUAAAUUUUGCCCUCUGUGUAACUGUAACAGAAGUCUAGAGGGGACCUUACUAUGCUGUAUUGCUCAGCCUUCACAGGGGAUGUUUCAACUGCUGCCUUUUGUCCUUUAUUACUUCAUCUGUUUGCAACCCAGUAUAUAAAAAGAACAUGGAUGACCCUAAAAGCAGGGAGGAUGCAGCUUGUGUCUGACUUGAAAAUUGUUACUGGACUUCCUAAGUUCUAUGAGGAAAUGGCCUCAUGAAGCUUUUGGUAAAAAAAAUGUUACUGCUGCUGUGGAAAGGGUGGAACAGCAUUUCCUCUGAUAACCUCCAGCUCUGACAAGGAAACCAGGUUCAGUGGCAGAUCUAAGGAGCUUUAACAAGACCUUUGGAGAUAAACAAGCACCUUGGUUUGGCUUUUUUUUUUAAACAUCUUGUAUCAAACCCAGAAAAAAAAAGGCAAAUAAAACUUUUUUUUU